AUGGUCGCCACACACAGGAUUUUGGGCUUGAAUGAGGAGCCAAAACGUAGCAGCCCCCCGCCGGCCGAGGGCAAGGAGACAAGGGAGGGGGGAGAGCAUGGUCAUGGGUUGCGAUUGAUAUUUGAUCGCUUUCGAAAGACAAAGACCCGGCGUAGGCUGGCAGAGGGUGCGAGACUCUCGUCUUCUCAUCCUAUGUCUCCCAUGUCGCCGCUGAAGUCACGGGCCAGUCGGCCUCAGAAGCUGGACACGGCCGCCGGCGCCUCAGCCCGCCGGGCGCCGGAUACUAGCGCCGCCUCCCCAACCGAGACAACGACGCCGCGGAAUGCACAGCCAAACAUCUUCUCCCGGAUGCUGCGCAACGCCCGGAGCAAGAAGAACCUGAAGCAGUCGCGCAGCAGGCCAGCCCAGAGCGCCAAGGCCCCUGGCAGGAGCGCGGAUUUGGAGAAUGGGGGCAGUGGGCAGGCGUCCCGUCCAGCACAAGGCUUGGCAUUGAGACCUGCUGCCAGCCACGAGCCUGGCGAGUCGCUGCCCAGGGCGGAAUCGAAGGCGGCAACGCGACAUUCCCACGUUCCCGCGCACGAAACCCCGGUCUUUGCGCCUGUGCUCACGCUGGACCACACCCAACACACGCUCGACAGUGGUGAGCCCAAGACGCGGCAGCUGUCGGCAGUUACCCAAGCAUCCUCCCUAGACGUGGAGCACACGGGCUAUCAACCUUUAGGUGUCCCAAACAGGAUCUCUCGCGACGACAGACCGCUAUCGGCAUUAACGACGGACACGUUGAACUACAAUGCAUCGCAUGAGUCAAUAGGGACCCGUGAGGCUGCGGUAAAUAAGUUGCAGCCACCGCCUUCGCCAUUACCUACGCGCGACCAGCACUCAGACACCCUCCCCCCUGCUCAAGACCCUUCUCAUACCCAUGAAGAGCCUUCGGACUUCCAGCAGUUUGUGCAGCAGGCUGGCGAUGGUGAUCGCCAGGAACGCGAAGUGAUGUGGAAUGCCAUCACAAACCGCCCCGGGAAGAAGAAGGUUGUUCUCGAUCACCCUGAUCUGGCUUUCAUGAACCCGGGCUCGCUAGAGCGCUCCGACACAUUUGGGCGUUCGAAGCGGGACAAGCAGGGCUCCAAAACGAAAGAGAGUUCGUGGAGGCGAGCCAGCUAUCGAAGUGAUCAUAAACGCGAUGAUGAGAGGCGGAGGUUGUCCGUGGCUGGCGACGCCCACAAUGCAAAUCCAAGUCCAGACACGGCAGGCAUGGAUUAUAGGACGAGACCCAAUGCAACAAGGAGGUUGUCAGAUUUUCUCAGGCCUUCUAGGGCCUGA